CAUUGAAAAAGUUUGGCGAGGUGGAGGCCAAAUAUUUGCAGUAGUAGUCGAGAAAACCGAGGCGCACAUAGACCGAGAUGAACAACAGCAAGGAGAUGUGCACAAGCUUCUCGAGGAAUUUGAGGGAGUACUGGGUGAGCCUAAAGGACUACCGCCACACCGAGAGUUCGAUCAUCGCAUACCCCUGAUCAAUGAGCAGCAUGCCAUACAUGUCCAUCCUUAUAGGUAUGCUCACUUUCAGAAAACUGAGAUCGAACGGCAGGUGGCCGAGAUGCUUGAGUCAGGACUAAUCCAGCAUAGCAAGAGUCCGUUUUCUUCUCCAGUCCUGUUAGCUAAAAAGAAAGAUGGCACGUGGAGGUCCUGUACUGACUAUCGAGCUAUGAAUGCUGAAACUAUCAAGGGUCGAUUUCCUAUUCCGAGCGUCGACGACAUGCUCGAUGAGUUAGCUGGAUCACGUUACUUCUCAAAGCUCGACCUGAGAGCUGGUUAUCAUCAGAUUCGACUCCACAAGGCCGACAUUCCGAAGACAACAUUUCGUACGCACCAGGGGCAUUAUGAGUAUCUGGUUAUGCCAUUCGGAUUGUCCAACACCCCAUCCACUUUUCAGUUUGCAAUGAAUUCCAUCUUCAAGGAGUAUCUACGUAAGUUCGUUCUGGUAUUCUUUGAUGAUAUUCUGAUUUAUUUGAAGUCGUGGGGAGAGCAUCUUGAGCAUUUGAGAGUAGUGCUCGAAAUCUUGGAGGCCAACUCAUUUCACAUCAAGCCAUCCAAGUGUUCAUUCGGGCAGAAGAUGGUUGAGUAUCUGGGGCAUUCCAUAUCCCACGAGGGUGUGAAGGUUGAUCCACGAAUGAUUGAGGCUAUGAUCGAUUGGCCUAAACCGACAAGUCUCAUACAGCUAAGGGGAUUUCUACAACUCACGGGCUACUACAGAAA